UAUUACUGUUAAACAAAGAGUAAAGUAGUAUUCCGUUCUGCCUGUUAAACUUAUAACUAUUACUGUAGUUAUCAAGAGUACUUGUUUAUAAAGAGCAAUCCAGUUCAUCGGUGUUUGUAGAUAUUUGACCUCAACAUAACCAUAUGUAUAGAAAUUACACAUAAUUUCUGAUAUCAGAUCACAUUUAGUAUUUCGUAACCUUAAAAACUAGAAUACAAAACUACUAUGCUAUCUCAAGUGUAGAAGAAGAUUAUUUGCAUGAAGGCCUCUAAAGGCGUCUGAGUACUGAGACUGCUUCACAUCACUCAUCUGUUUCGAAAGAUCGGAAACAUAAUUUUUAGACAUUAAAAAAAAAAAAAGAAUUGAACUACUAUAAUAUAGCAUGACGGGUCUGAACGUGCUGUGGAAAAAAAGGCCAAAGAAUGAUUGUUAUUUGAGAUUACUGAAUAAAGAAAUGCUACACCUAUGAAUGUCACGGUAGAAAACCUAGCUUGAAGCUUCAGCGUGGAAACAGGCUGGACAGCAAGAGGUCAUACUACAGAACUAGUUCUUUGCUCUAUACUCUCAGCAAAAUACUACCAGUUUUCUUUAUUAGCUAUAUCGUCAAGGUUAAUAGAAGAAGAUCGAUUCUCCUUUUUCCACGAUGCUACCUAUAAUUGCUGGUCUAUAUAACCCUAGUAUACUAGCAGCGCUUGCUAUCACGGUACUGACAUGCCUGUACAUCAUAAGAAAAUAUUUUUCCGACCCUAAAGAACCGAACGUCAACGACAAAUAUGUCUUUAUUACUGGAUGUGAUCGUGGAUUUGGGAAGAUGGCGGCCGAGAGGUUGGACAAGCUUGGUUUCCACGUCAUAGCAGCUUGUUUCACUAGUGAAGGAGAAGAAAAGCUAGUGAAAGAAUGUAGUGACAAGAUUACUACUUUCAGGCUCGAUGUUACUAAGACUGAACAGGUCCAAGACGUUUAUCUUAAAGUCAAGGCGCUUAUUCCGCGUGACCAAGGGUUGUGGGGAGUUGUGAAUAAUGCAGGGAUAGCAGAGGUCGGACCAGCAGAUUGGGUCUCCCUCAAGCAAUUCCAAGCAGUUGCAGAUGUGUGUUUGUGGGGACUCAUUGAUGUCACCAAGACGUUCCUCCCUCUGGUCAAGAUGGCGAAAGGGCGUAUUGUAAACCUUGUCAGUAUUGGAGGCCGAGUGUGUCUGCCCAAUGUUGCAACCUACAGCGUCGCCAAAUAUGGCGCCGAGGCGUUCAGUGAUGCUAUUCGCCGUGAACUCGUAGCAUUUGGAAUAAAAGUCAGCAUCAUUGAGCCCGGAUUUUUUAACACGGAAAUGACCAACCCUAAAAUACUGGAGAAAAGCUGGGCAGACUUAUGGGACAGCCUUGACAAGGAAGUAAAGGAAGAGUAUGGAGAGCAAUACUAUCAAACCUGUGUCAAAAACAUACUGUCUGGUGUAGUGGACAUCUGCUCUUCCCCACACACUUACAAAGUCAUUGACGCUAUUGCGCAUGCUCUGACCUCCACCAAUCCCAAGCCACGGUAUGUCAUUGGUUGGGACAGUAGGUUACUAUGGAUAUGGUUGUCAAGGCUACCAACACGUGUAGGUGACUUCAUACUCAGUCUUCUUGGUGAAAAGGCUACGCCUGCAAGUACGCUUCACAAGUCCUAAACACAGUUUUUUUCAGAAUCCCAAAAAUGUUACAGUAGAGACAUUUAGCAUUAGGUAUACCGCUAACCGUUAACUGCUAAGGAUCAGACCCCGAAACACGCCCGCAAACACGUAGAAACACUCAGCAUAAGCGAUAUUCAAUAAGGCGGCUCUCUCAGUAACAACUUAGUUAUGACGCUUUGCUAAACGUUGAAAGUGGACGGAAAACACCUGAGGUACUUGAAGAUUGAGGAGCUAGCAAGAGCGUCAUACUUUGGGUCUCUAGUGCUUGUGUGUAGCGCAAAAAAAUAUAUAUAUACAACGAUAACGAAAGUAAAAUGCUUUUUUUUUUCUGGAAUUCUUUUGGUCAUAUAUAGAUUUUUGCCUUAAGUUUUUUGAAUAGUGUUUUCAAGACAGCUCCGUUGAAUUUUCAUGUUGGUUACAAAUCUCAUCGCACGCAUAUAGUAAAUAACUUUACAUAUGGGUAUUUGUGUGAGAUAUUAUUAUAACUCAUAUUUAAAAUGCUCUUUCUCUUUCUAGCUGCCAUGUAAAGAAUGUCUUCACGAUAAAUAGAUAUAGAGCUAUCUUUAAAAGGCUUCGCCCCGAAAUGCCCUAUGGUCUAUAUUAAUCCAAUCAGCGAAAGGUCAUAACGAUUUGAAAUUUUCUUAAAUUUUGUCUACAUUUUUUUAGAAAUAUUUUCUUUUGUGCCGACGUUUACUAAGCUUGAAAUCAUGUAUUACAAUCAUAUCCUACUGAGUUUUAAAUAAAUAUAAUACAUUCGAACAA